AAGUAGCCGGCCAAGGCCGGUCACGUUUUAAACCGCGCCCACCUUGCUGGAAGUUCAUUGUUUGCUGAAGAACUGACAUGGUAAAGUGAUGCGUCUUAAUGAGCCCAUUCAAGAUUAAUUAGCGUCCCUAAACAACCAACCACAGCAGAAUUAAAAUCAUAGGAAAAACCGGCGUAAGUCUCACUCAUUGUCUUUAAAGUGCGCGAAUCAUCCAAUUAAACCCAAGCGAUUUGAAGAAGCUUUAAACUGUGCAAACUCGUUCAACGCGAACACUCUCUACUAGUUCUAAAUUUAAACUCCCUGUGAACUAAACAUGAGCAAAUGAGCUAAACACUUCGCCUAAGUGCUCAGCUCCGAUAGCGAACCAAUUAAGCGCAACUACUGAAAAAAUGCCUCCAGUUCGGCAAAUCGUCCUCCUUCUAGUGGCUUCAAUUGCCAGUGCAAACGGGGAUGAGGACCCAAUUGAACCCGAACUAGCCAAAGGCACUUGCCUCAGCCUCAAGGAGGAGUUCCGGCGCCUCAACGAGCACUUGGAUCAGAACACCAACAGUCUGAGAAGCGAGAACUGGGCCAAAUCACGGAACAUGGAACACCAAAUUGCUGCUAUUAAAGCGGCCGUUGAUCAUGUCAGGACGCACUCAGGGAGCGAAAUCCAUGAACUACUUAUCGAACUAGUGGACGUGAACAAUGCAAAAACCCACGCCCGAUACUCCCACUUCAGUCUGGGCUCUGAACUGGAAGGCUACGCAAUGAAAGUGCUGGGGAGUUUCAAAGGGGACGCCGGGGACUCGCUCAGCUACCACGCAGGGAUGAAGUUCAGCACCAGGGACAAAGACCAGGAUUCCUGGACGGAAGGAAGUUGCGCCCAGACGCACGGGGGCGCGUGGUGGUACAAAUCGUGCGACAGAAGCAACUUAAAUGGGCGCUACCUGCCAGGGGAACAGCCCGAGCAGUUCAUGUACCAGCCGAUGUAUUGGGAAACAAUCGGCGGGCCGAAGACUGGAUUGUUGGUGUCCAGAAUGUUCAUCCGUCCCAGACAGUGAAUAACGCUUGCAAUAAAAAGCUUGAAAAUUCA